GAGGGUGCCGAGUGUGUGGCAGCAGCAGCGAGUCUCUGCGCGUGUGUGCAGGUCUCCUGGGCGUGGACCCCAACCAUCUGAACCAGGCGCUCCUGUCGCGGGUCAUGCAGCCGAGCAAGGGCGGUCAUAAGGGCACCGUCAUCAUACAGUCCCUGGAGGGACUGGCGCAGGAGGCAGGCAACCAGUUCAUCAGAGGGCUCUUCAUGUCGGGCGCCGCGCCCUCCUCUGCCCGUGGCAAGCUCACCUUCAUCUCCAUCGCUGCCAAGUUCAAGACGCAACUUCAGGAACUCAUGGAUAAACUCAUGAGCACUGGCACGAGCUUCGUGCGAUGCAUCAAGCCCAACGUGAAGAUGGUGGACCACGAGUUCGAGGGCGGACCAAUCCUGUCGCAGCUGCAGUGCUCGGGCAUGACCUCCGUGCUAGAGCUCAUGCAGCAGGGCUACCCUUCCAGGGCUCCCUUCCAUGACCUUUACCACAUGUACAAGCAGUUCCUCCCUGCCCAGCUCUCGAGGCUCGACCCCAGACUCUUCUGCAAGGCUCUGUUUCGUGCACUGGGUCUGGAUGAGAAGGACUUCAAGUUCGGCUUAACGCGCGUGUUCUUCCGUCCCGGAAAGUAUGCAGAAUUCGAUCAGAUUAUGCGCAGUGACCCUGAGAACCUGAAGCUCCUUGUUGACAAGGUGCGCCGCUGGCUGUUGCAGUCACGCUGGAAGAAAGCCAUUUGGUGCGCCCUCUCUGUCAUUAAACUCAAGUAUAAAAUCAUCUACAGACGUGNAGGAGAGAAGUAG